AUGGCGGCUCCCUUGGCCCUGGUGCUGGUGGUGGCCGUGACCGUGCGGGCGGCCUUGUUCCGCUCCAGUCUGGCCGAGUUCAUCUCGGAGCGGGUGGAGGUGGUGUCCCCACUGAGCUCCUGGAAGAGAGUGGUUGAAGGCCUCUCACUGUUGGACUUGGGAGUGUCUCCUUAUUCUGGAGCAGUAUUUCAUGAAACUCCAUUAAUAAUAUACCUCUUUCAUUUUCUGAUUGACUAUGCUGAAUUGGUAUUUAUGAUCACUGAUGCACUCACUGCCAUUGCUCUGUAUUUUGCAAUCCAGGACUUCAAUAAAGUUGUGUUUAAAAAACAGAAACUCCUCCUAGAACUAGACCAGUAUGCCCCCGAUGUGGCUGAACUCAUCCGAACCCCUAUGGAAAUGCGUUACAUCCCUCUGAAAGUGGCCAUGUUCUAUCUUUUAAAUCCCUACACGAUCUUGUCUUGUGUUGCCAAGUCUACCGGCGCCAUCAACAACACCCUCAUUGCUUUCUUCAUUUUGGCCACAAUGAAAGGUAGUGCCUUCCUCAGUGCUAUCUUUCUUGCCUUAGCAACGUACCAGUCUCUGUACCCAAUCACCUUGUUUGUCCCAGGACUCCUCUAUCUCCUUCAGCGGCAGUACAUACCUGUGAAGGUGAAGAGCAAAGCCUUUUGGAUCUUCUCUUGGGAGUAUGCCAUGAUGUAUGUGGGAAGUCUAUUGGUAGUCGUUUGCCUCUCCUUCUUCCUUCUCAGUUCCUGGGAUUUCAUCCCUGCAGUCUAUGGCUUCAUACUUUCUGUUCCAGAUCUCACCCCGAACAUUGGUCUCUUCUGGUACUUUUUUGCAGAGAUGUUUGAGCACUUCAGCCUCUUCUUUGUGUGUGUGUUUCAGAUCAACGUCUUCUUCUACACCAUCCCGUUAGCUAUAAAGCUGAAGGAGCACCCUAUCUUCUUCAUGUUCAUCCAGAUUGCCAUCAUCGCCAUCUUCAAGUCCUACCCGACGGUGGGGGAUGUGGCCCUCUACAUGGCCUUCUUCCCCGUGUGGAACCAUCUCUACAGAUUUCUGCGAAACAUAUUUGUCCUCGCCUGCAUCAUCAUCAUCUGCUCCCUGCUCUUCCCUGUCCUGUGGCAUCUCUGGAUUUACGCAGGAAGUGCCAACUCCAACUUCUUUUAUGCCAUCACACUGACCUUCAACAUUGGGCAGAUCCUGCUCAUCUCUGAUUAUUUCUAUGCCUUCCUGCGGCGCGAGUACUACCUCACACACGGCCUCUACCUGACCACCAAGGACGGCACGGAGGCCAUGCUUGUGCUCAAGUAG